AUGGGAGCUAUUCAGUCGCUCCAGUUUCUACAGAAACGGAUGCAACACUUUGUGACCAGUCUCAUACCAAACUAUUUGAAGGCAGGAGUGUACGAGGAGUCCGGAUUAAGUCCUCUAGAAAAUCCAACGAACGGGCUCCAGAAUGUGGGGAGAAUUCACACUUUCAUUCGCGUUUACAGUCAACGCCCGCACACAUGUGAACACUGUACGAAGUCCUUUUCUGAGAAGGAAACGCUGCGAAAACAUGUCAACUCUGUCCACUUAGGUCAACGCCCGCACACAUGUGAACACUGUGCGAAGUCGUUUGCUGAGAGGGACACGUUACGAAAACAUGUCAACGCUGUACAUUUGAAACAACGCCCUCAUACGUGUGAGCACUGUUCUUCUUCGUUUUUUCGAAAGUGGCAAUUGCAAAACCACUUCAACUCUGUUCACUUACAUCAACGUCCAUUUACAUGUGAGCACUGUGCCUCUUCGUUUACUACAAAGCACCACAUGCAACUGCACAUCAGAGUUGUUCAUUUGAAGCAACGCCCUCAUAAAUGUGAACAAUGUGAUAGGGCAUUCCCUAGGAGGUGCAAUUUGGAAAAACACCGCUUAACCUUUCAUUCGGGCGGAAACCGUGUAUGUCGUGGAAUAGAGGAGCGGGACCAACGCCCUUUUAAGUGCGACCAGUGUAGAUGGUCAUUUACUCAGAAGGGCAAUUUGCAAAGGCACAUCAGAAGGUUUCAUUUGGAUAAAUCGGGGAUCGAAAGUAGUUGAAUCACUGAACAAGUCCACACUUUCUUCGCAUCGCAUUUGGCUCACACCGUAACUCAUAUUUCUGCUUUUGAUAUAUGUGACAAUUUACUUAAUUUCACCAUAUACUUGUAAUUAAACUCAUUUGUGACUUCC